GACCCGGACCCCCUGCGCCUCCUAGGCGGCGCCGCCGCGCCACACAGCUCUUUCGCGGUCUCUCUCUGCCUGGCAGCGGGCACGGCCAAGGGAGUAUUAUGAGGGAGGCCGAGGACUCCACGCUCCGGGCAGAGAAACGGCUCUGGGAUUAGGGAUUGCCACUUCCGAGAGGAUGCUGGGAAUCUGCAGGGGGAGACGGAAAUUCCUGGCUGCCUCGUUGACUCUUCUCUGCAUCCCAGCCAUCACCUGGCUCUACCUGUUUGCCGGGAGCUUCGAAGAUGGGAAGCCCGUGUCGCUGUCUCCGCUGGAGUCCCAGCCCCACAGUCCCCGGUACUCGGCCCUUGGCCAGCGGGAGCGCGAGAGCCUGGAGGUGCGGGUGCGUGAGGUGGAGGAAGAGAACCGAGCCCUCCGCAGGCAGCUCAGCCUGGCCCAGGGCAGGGCCCCAGCCCAUCGCCGUGGCAACCACUCCAAGACCUACUCCAUGGAAGAGGGUACUGGGGACAGCGAGAACCUUCGAGCUGGCAUCGUGGCGGGCAACAGCUCCGAGUGUGGGCAGCAGCCAGUCGUGGAGAAGUGUGAGACGAUCCACGUUGCUAUUGUCUGCGCAGGAUACAACGCCAGCCGGGAUGUCGUCACCUUGGUCAAGUCUGUCCUGUUUCACAGGCGGAACCCUCUGCACUUCCACCUCAUUGCUGACUCCAUCGCCGAGCAGAUCCUGGCCUCGCUCUUCCAGACCUGGAUGGUGCCCGCCGUGCGCGUGGACUUCUACAACGCGGACGAGCUCAAGUCUGAGGUUUCCUGGAUCCCCAACAAACAUUACUCGGGGAUUUACGGCCUGAUGAAGCUGGUCCUGACCAAGACUCUCCCCGCCAACUUGGAGAGGGUCAUCGUCCUUGACACAGACAUCACCUUCGCCACGGACAUCGCAGAGCUGUGGGCCGUGUUCCACAAGUUCAAAGGCCAGCAGGUCCUGGGCUUGGUGGAGAACCAGAGCGAUUGGUACCUGGGGAACCUGUGGAAGAAUCACCGCCCUUGGCCCGCCCUUGGAAGAGGCUACAAUACAGGGGUGAUCCUCCUGCUCCUGGACAAGCUGCGGAAGAUGAAAUGGGAGCAGAUGUGGAGGCUGACCGCCGAGAGGGAGCUGAUGGGCAUGCUGUCCACAUCCUUAGCGGACCAGGACAUUUUCAAUGCCGUCAUCAAACAGAACCCCUUCCUCGUGUAUCAGCUCCCCUGCUUCUGGAAUGUGCAGCUGUCGGACCACACCCGCUCCGAGCAGUGCUACCGAGACGUGUCUGAUCUGAAGGUCAUCCACUGGAACUCCCCCAAGAAGCUCCGGGUGAAGAACAAGCACGUGGAGUUCUUCCGCAACCUCUACCUGACCUUCCUGGAGUACGACGGCAACCUCCUGAGGCGGGAGCUGUUCGGCUGCCCCAGCGAAGCCGAUGUCAACAGUGAGAACCUCCAGAAGCAGCUCUCGGAGCUGGAUGAGGAUGACCUGUGUUACGAGUUCCGGCGAGAGCGCUUCACCGUCCACCGGACCCACCUGUACUUCCUGCACUACGAGUAUGAGCCCGCCGCGGACAACACGGACGUCACCCUGGUCGCGCAGCUCUCCAUGGACAGGCUCCAGAUGCUGGAGGCCAUCUGCAAGCACUGGGAGGGGCCCAUCAGCCUGGCCCUCUACCUGUCGGACGCCGAGGCCCAGCAGUUCCUCCGCUACGCGCAGGGCUCCGAGGUGCUCAUGAGCCGCCACAACGUGGCCUACCACAUCGUGUACAAGGAGGGCCAGUUCUACCCCGUGAACCUGCUGCGCAACGUGGCCAUGAAGCACGUGGGCACGCCCUACAUGUUCCUGUCUGACAUCGACUUCCUGCCCAUGUACGGGCUCUAUGAGUACCUCAGGAAGUCUGUCAUCCAGCUGGACCUCGCCAAUUCCAAGAAGGCGAUGAUCGUCCCCGCGUUCGAGACGCUGCGCUACCGGCUCUCCUUCCCCAAGUCCAAGGCGGAGCUGCUGUCGAUGCUGGACAUGGGGACUCUCUUCACCUUCAGGUACCACGUGUGGACAAAAGGCCACGCGCCCACCAACUUCGCCAAGUGGCGGACCGCCACCACGCCUUACCGGGUCGAGUGGGAGGCCGAUUUCGAGCCGUAUGUGGUCGUGAGACGGGACUGCCCCGAGUACGACCGGAGGUUUGUGGGCUUUGGCUGGAACAAGGUGGCUCACAUCAUGGAACUGGACGCACAGGAAUACGAGUUCACCGUGCUUCCCAACGCCUACAUGAUCCACAUGCCUCACGCCCCCAGCUUCGACAUCACCAAGUUCCGGUCCAACAAGCAAUACCGCGUCUGUCUCAAAACCCUGAAGGAAGAGUUCCAGCAGGACAUGUCCCGCCGCUAUGGCUUUGCCGCCCUCAAAUAUCUCACGGCCGAGAACAACAGCUAGCACCACGAAGCCACCACCAGGGAGAGACAGACAUUCUGCCGGGGGGAGAGCCACUUGCUGUGUGGGGCCCAGCCUUGGAACUCACAAUGAAGCAAUGCUUUUUUUGGUUUGUUUUUAUUUGUCUCUUUGGCCCAACAAGGCUGCCUACACCACAGAGAUCUGGGACAAGGAUCCGUCCAGGCCCGCUCUGCCCCACAACCCAGCAUUCCCAGAAGGUGGGAAAACGAGCUCGUCCCCAGGGUCUCUUCCAGAAUGGGACACGCAAGGGUGAGAGGGAGCCAUGGGGUUAUCCUACCACAAAGCCACACAACCAAGCAGGUCUGUGGGACGUUCUCGUUGCUGUUUAAGAAAAAGGAAGUGAGGGUGCUGGGCGUCAGCCAUCCCAGGAAAUAAAGGCAAAAGGGUCUUUUCAUGCGUCAAACUUUCGUCUUUGCCCUGCCAUCUAGCUGAGUACCCAAGAUGAGGGCAAGCCGAUGAUUGGAACCAACCAUCUAAAAACAAAUAAAUAAAUACCCCGAUGGGGACACUGUGCGUGGCGGGACCUGGAGGCGGGGGUGUUUGGUUCUUUGUCCUCAACGUCACUCUGGUUUUGAUUUGUUUUUGUUGGGGGUGGGGAGUGAGGCGGAUUUUGUUGGUUUGUUUUGGUAUGGGAAUCCAAGAUAGAAAAUCUGACCUUUUAAGGCUCUGACGGAAAAAUCAGCUGCCUCAACCCACACCCUCUAUCCACAGUGGCCCAGCAGGGAGGAGGCAAAUUCAGCCAGUGGUUGAACAUGGGCAGCCUUCUCCAGGGUCAUCACCAAGGCCCCUGUGACCUUGAACUCCCCCCUCCCCAGAAUCCCGGGGCUAAGGCGGACAUAGGAAAACCAACUGUUUUACAAGCGGUCACAUUUUCUAUGGGCAACAACUGAUUCCUGGGGGAAGGGCUUCGAAGGGACUGGUUUGGUGCACGUGAAAGGUGCGAGCCUCUCAGGCCUGUGGAAGGACUAAUGUAAUCCGUGCGAGCGGAUGCUGAAGGUGCACGUGUCCAUUCGGAGAUGUUGGAGACGAGCACAUAGGCUCCUGUGUUCGUUCCCGCCUCACUGCGGUGGGGACGAGGUCACGACCUCAGGCUCCCAUGGGACCUGCCCAGAGGGUAGGCAGGCACCUUCACUGUUAUACAGAUUGAGGAGACACUGGACUUUUUACCCAUUUUCUUGAAUCUUCAAUAUUAAUGUUGUGUUUACAAUGAUGAGAAUGAGAGUCAAUGCCCUCCCCUGCGGGGCGGUUUGUAUUGAGUUGCGAUGUGCCCAGCGAACGCUGCAUUCAAUAAAUGGAAGUAUGGACUGUU